UUCUAUUUCCACAGUAUGAAUCCCAGUCCAUUUGAAAGGAAUACAUUUUGGUCAGUAUCAAUCGGAUCUCUAUUCUACUGGAUUUCUCAACACGCAGUACAUCCUGGAGCGAUGCAAAGGUUCAUUGCAGUGUCUUCACUACAGAAAGCUAAGGGAGUUAUGCUUUGGAGUUUCGUCGGCUUUGUCGUCAUCAAAGUCGUUAUCAUACUGGAGGGACUGCUGCUGUAUGCCACUUUCCAUGAUUGUGAUCCAUUGGCAACUAAGAUGGUAAAGAAGUCCGGACAGCUGCUGCCUUAUUACGUAAUACAAGUGGCAAAGGACUAUCCUGGACUCACGGGACUUUUCAUAUCAGGGGUACUGAGUGCAGCGCUCAGUACCAUGUCGGCGAAACUAAACACAGUCGCUGGAACUAUCUAUGAGGACUUUGUCAAAUUCUUCUUGAAGGGAAAGAGGUUAUCGGAGGCCAAACAAGCUUUCAGCCUCAAAGUUAUCACCCUAAUUCUUGGAAUUAUAUCUAUUUGUCUGGUUUUCGUCGUGGAAAAAUUAGGAGCUUUGUACCAGAUGGUGGUUACUUUAAAUGGAUUUACAAGUGGUUCUCUUGUGGGAAUUUUCAGUUUGGGAAUAUUUUUUCCAAGAGCAAACUACAAGGGCGCUAUCGCUGGAGCCCUAACCAGCCUCGUUGUGAUGUCAGGGAUAAUAUCAGGGUCUCAGCUGUAUAUAGCACGUGGAAUGUUGAGGUUCCCCGGCAAGUCCACAAGCGUCGAGGGGUGCCCUGCGGAGUUCAUAGAAAAUCUUGGCUUCAAUGUAUCGGCUCGUGUCCAAACUUACAAGGGAGUGGGCACACCGGUAGUGGCAGAUCCGGCAGUUCCUCUCCUGUUCCAGUUGUCCUACAAGUAUUUCACCGCCACUGGCUCUAUAAUAACGCUCCUGGUAGGUCUCCUUGUAUCCUAUCUCACGGAUCCUCAGGGAGACACUUCACAGCUGGACCCUCGCCUGCUGGCUCCGUGUGUCAGGCGAUUCCUCCCACCUAGGGAGAGGCCGAACCCGCAAGAAGAGCUCAAGCUAAUGACCUAUAAUAAUAAAAAUGAAGAUGCAGUUAAGUGUUCAUGAAUGAGGAAUAAGUGUAAAAUAUAAACUUACUGUAGAGAGUAAGUAAAUUAAGAGGAUUUCGGAUAUUGGCCAUGGUGUUAUGUUACAAAAGUAUAACACAACGUUUCGAGGAUUGAAAUCUAUUACCUUCGUCAGGUGGAGGGUUAUUAGUAGGACAUACAUAAUAAAGAACAAAAAGGAGAAAAGGAAGGAAAGGAAAGGGUUCAAAUAAACCCGAAAGCUGCUUGGAGUCUAAUCCAGGCGUUGUCACUGCAUAGGAUAAAAGUCCUGAAAAGUGGUGACAUGUCCUCAGGAGUUUUAUCCUGUCCGGGAAUAAACUCCAAGCUGCUUUCGGUAUGUUUGAACCCUUUUCUUUUUCUCCUUUUCUCUUUUGUUUUCUUUAUUUUUGAUGUAUUAAUAAUCCCCUCACCUGACGAAAAGUAUAAACUUUAAUUCUCUAAACUUUAUGCUAUACAUUUUGUAAUAUAUAAUGAUGGCGAAUGUCCGAAAUCGAGUUAUCCUUUGAAGCCUUCAAUCUUCAACAACAAACAUUAAACAAAGUAACGUAAGGUAUUCACAGUGUGCCAUGAUAUAGUAUUCUAAACACUUUAAGCUCUAAUUAUAAAUAGCCUUUUUGUAACAAUAAUAAAUUGUAAUUUCGUAGAUUUUGGAUUAUCAAUAUUUUCAUCCAAAGAUUUUAAUAGUGGUAAAUAAUAAUAGUUAUAUCCUAAGACGGCAUUUUGUCAAGACAAUGUAAAUAAGUUUAUAAUAAAGCAAUAAAAAUAAGAUUUAUUAAAAUAAAAUUGUAAACUGUAUUGAAUUAUUUUGACGUUCAAACCUAAAUAUUUUUGGUAAUUGGGCACAUUACGUAAUACGAGAAAUUCAUAUUCACACUAAGUGUGUGUAGAUGUAGUUUUACGUUUAAUGUAUUUCAAUUUGGUUUUAUUUGCCAGCUUUGCAGAUUUAGAUUUAGAUAUGACUAUUCAUUGUUUUAACAUUUAUUUUUAUAUUGAUGAAAAUACGCAUUGAAAAUCCAUACUAACAAUGUUCAAACAUUCAUCUUUGUUGCAUUUUUUAAAUAAAGUAAAACUUGUAUUCUUAAUUAUACUGUCUUGAUAUUAAAUAAACGAGAGCUAAAGAAUAAUCGACUUACUCCAUGUAGUUAGUAAACUUAUACAACUUUAAUCAAUAGCUUUGUAAACUUGGAUUCUUGCUUUUAAAUUCUUAUUUUUUUCUUCUGAGACAGAUAAAUACACACUUCCAUAUUUAGUUUGUAUUGAAAUGUAAUCAUAAUGUCUAGUAAAAUACUGCACUGUUAAUUAUUUAUUUAAUAAUUACUGUUUUAAUGGUGAAGAGUUACAAGAUUUUUUAAAUCUCACCCAGAAUAAAUUAUGUUUUGAAAUAUCUAAAUAUUAAAAGAAAUGUUUAUCUCAUAUAAUUUAGUAAAACCAUUCUGAUAAGAAAGAAACGUAAUAUAUUACUCAGAAAACUAGUCAAAAUUCGGAAAAGUUUUCUAUAAUUGGUAAAAUUCAUUCAGUAGCUUCACCUACUUUUCCAAGUAUGAGCCAAUAAAACAGGUAAGCACUAAGAAUGAAAGCUAAAUUAUAAAAUAUUUAUAAACACUAAAAUAAUAAAACGAAUAUAUAAAUAUCUUUCACUGUCUAGAUGCUCGACAGAUAAAGUUUCUACUUAUAUGUGAAGUAAAUAGGUAAUAACAAGUGUGUAUAACAAUAAAAUUUUUGUUUUGAA